CUCACAUUGUACAACGAACAGAGGCGAUACUUGAAAACAGUUUUCUUCAAACCAACACCGGCGGUUCUCUCCUCCGACCGGCGCUGGCCUCUCCGGCGUCGGUAGAUUCUAUGUUUUCUCUUUUCCAUUUUUUUAUUUUGUUAUUGUUGUUGUUAGGUUUUAUGCAAUAACUCGAGAAUGAUAGCGAUGAUGAUGAAAUCGUGUUCGUCAUUACGUUAGAAUGGUGUUUUACUGUUUUCCGGUGAAUCUAUUGUGGUUUCUUAUGUUGUUACACUAUUUCUAUGUCGGUUCGUGUUCUCGGAAUGUAUGUUUAGUCACCGGCGGUUUCGAUUCAACCGUUGUUUUGCUAUGUCCGGCGAUUGCCUCGUGAAUCUUUUGGCUUUGUUAGUCGUGUGUUUGGUCAUACUAACAUCUGAUGUUAGUUAUGCGAUAGUUCCCGGGCGUCAGUAUGAUCUACUAUGGGCGUUCCGAAGUUUAACACAAAUCCUAUCAGAUUUGAUAUGUCACCAUCGACCGGCACGGAAACCACCAUGGAGGCAAUAUGUUGAGGAGGAGUUGGAGGCUAAUAGGAGAAUCAGAAGAUGGUUUAUACCAUAUCAACAAAAAUGGGGUUUAAGAAAAACCAAGAUUAAUGACAUCUCUUUCUAUAUGAGAGUUUCGAUCAAUUCGAAGGUUUUGCGAUGUAACAGAUGGAUCGCUGCCUAUGAUUUUCGUAUGCGUUACCGGUAUUUCAUCUAUAAAAAGAAGAUGAUUCCCAAGCAAGAAAGUCACACCAAAUUGACGGAAAUGAUGAAGACGAUUAAGUAUUUGAUUAAGUAUUUGAUUAAGAAAGCAGAGCGUAAUUUACUUUAUCGUUUCUUCAUUACAUAAACUAUUGAUUAUAUCUGUAAUCUCAUUGAUACUUUUGUAUACAAUGAUUCAUAUU